CCCGCUCCCGCUCCCGCUCCGCGCCACCGGGCCGAGCCGGGGCCGCCGGGCCGGGGCCGCCAUGGAGGUGGAGGAGGCGUUUCAGGCGGUGGGGGAGAUGGGCAUCUACCAGAUGUACUUGUGCUUCCUGCUGGCCGUGCUGCUGCAGCUCUACGUGGCCACGGAGGCCAUCCUCAUCGCACUGGUGGGGGCCACGCCGUCCUACCACUGGGACCUGGCAGAGCUCCUGCCCAACCAGAGCCACGGCAACCGGUCAGCGGGUGACGACCACGCCUUGGGGGACUGGCUGCUGACUGCCAAUGGCAGCGAGGUCCGGAAGCACGUGCACUUCAGCAGCACUUUCACCUCCAUCGCCUCGGAGUGGUUUUUAAUUGCCAACAGAUCCUACAAAGUCAGCGCAGCAAGCUCUUUCUUCUUCAGUGGUGUGUUUGUGGGAGUUAUCUCUUUUGGUCAGCUUUCAGAUCGCUUCGGGAGGAAAAAAGUCUAUCUCACAGGUUUUGCUCUUGACAUCUUAUUUGCCAUUGCAAAUGGGUUUUCCCCCUCCUAUGAGUUCUUUGCAAUAACUCGCUUCCUGGUGGGUGUGAUGAACGGAGGAAUGUCACUGGUGGCCUUUGUCCUGCUGAACGAAUGUGUGGGCACCGCCUACUGGGCGCUCGCAGGAUCGAUCGGUGGCCUCUUCUUCGCGGUUGGCAUCGCCCAGUAUGCCCUGUUGGGAUACUUCAUCCGCUCCUGGAGGACCCUCGCCAUUCUGGUUAACCUGCAGGGAACAGUGGUCUUCCUCCUAUCUUUAUUCAUUCCUGAAUCACCUCGUUGGUUAUACUCCCAGGGUCGGCUGAGUGAGGCUGAAGCGGCUCUGUACCUCAUUGCCAAGAGGAACCACAAGCUCAAGUGUACGUUCUCACUAACACAUCCGGCCAGCAGGAGCUACAGGGAAACCGGAAGUUUCCUGGAUCUCUUCCGUUACCGGAUCCUCUUGGGGCACACGCUGACCCUGAUGUUCAUCUGGUUUGUGUGCAGCUUGGUGUAUUAUGGCCUCACUCUGAGUGCAGGUGAUCUAGGCGGAAAUAUUUAUGCCAACCUGGCCCUGUCUGGCCUCAUAGAGAUUCCUUCUUACCCUAUCUGCAUCUACUUGAUUAACCAAAAAUGGUGUGGCCGGAAGCGGACCUUAGCAGCAUUUCUGUGCCUAGGAGGACUGGCUUGUCUUAUUGUGAUGUUCCUUCCAGAAAAGAAAGCCAAUCACAGAUCAGAGGUCAGAGACGCUGGUUCUCAACGGCACCCUCAGCACCUCCAUCCAUACUCCCCGGGCACCCUGAUGAUAACAGCAGCAACAGUAGGAGUAGUGUUCACGGUGGGAAUCAUCGUGAGGCGGUUUCACAGCUACCGGAGUUUGACAGCUACUAGAAAGGCAGCUGGAGAAUGUCUUUCCCGACAGCAAAUCACGUAUGAAAUGCACCUUUGGCCAUUGCUUCUCCUUGAGGCUCAGUUGUACCAGUGCCCCACUGCAGACCCCAAAGCCUCGUGUUCUAGUUCUGGAACCCUCCAGGACACCUGCUAUGCUGCUAGUUGCCACCUCAAGUUCUGUGCCUCGAAUCCAGAGGGCAGUUUGUUCAUGACUGUGGAUUUGACCCAGUUAUUUGACCCAGCCUUAGAGUGA